AUGGCCGAAGGAGAAGAAAACAUGGAGGAAAUUAGAAAAAAGCAGCAUGUUAUGUUUGUGUUUGUUCUCAUUUUCUUCUCUCUCCAAAUGGUGAAUGCAGAAAGAUCCGAGAAGCCAUGGCGGCCAGAAUCCGGCAAGCACUUUGUGCUAAUUCAUGGGGCAUGCCUUGGUGCAUGGUCUUGGUACAAGCAAGUGCAACGUCUAAAAUCGGCAGGCCACAAUGUCACAGCUCUUGACUUGGCUGCUUCCGGGAUCGAUCCAAAGCAGGUGAAAGAUGUUCCUUCAUGGUCUCUCUUCCUUCACAUGAGAGAGUCAUCAUGGUAG